UGGAGGAAUGAAAGUGUGUUCUCUGCUGCUACUGUGUGCAUUUUCUCAGCAUGGCGGCAGAGGAUCAGAAAAACAAGACGAAUAAGACCAUUAUAACGGAGAAGAAAAUCUACGGCGAAGAUAAGUAUUCCGGUGCCGGAAGUUAUUAUGCAUGUAGCUUCUGGUCGCCUGUAGUUAUCGGCAAUGUCUCUGCAAUGCAGAGUGGACAGAGUUACAAAGAUGGAAAAGAUGGCUUCUAUGAAAAGCUUAACAAGUUGAACGAGUCCUCAGGACUUAGUCUUGUCUUUAACUUUAGAGAAACAGCCCUGGAUUUGUAUCUUUUCUAUGAAGAAGUCACUAAAAGAGGUGGAUUUAAUCAGGUUACUAAGGAUGCUAAGUGGGGUGAAGUUGCAUCUUCUUUGCAUGUGAAAAGCAACGUCGUAAUGUUCCCAACUCAACUUCAGAAGGUCUACGAAAAUCUUCUUCUCCAAUUUGAGCAAAUGUAUUACUAUCGAAGUCGAGGAAAAGCAACUAUACCACCACCUAGUCAUCAAGUUUCUGCUACUGCUAGGGCAGUAUCAUUAAAAGGUUAUAAUCUUUCUUUAGGUUCUGGGGAUAGCAUAGAUGACUCGGCCGGGAAAAGGAAAUAUUGUGAUUGGUCAUCUCCUGUGGUGUUACCACACUCCAAUGAUAGGAACAGUCCAGUAAAAAAAAGGAAGUGCACUAAUGAUUGUUGCCUAGUUUCAACAGUAGGGCCAGAGACACCAGAGCAAAAAUCUCAGAUUUCAGCAACCAACACUUAUCUGAAGAAAGACCCCGGUGCCCCAACAAGAACGAGGAGUGCAUAUCAGAUUUACCUCAAGGUGGAAUGUGAAAGACUAAAGAAAGUACUUGGGGAGAGUUCUGGCGCUAAGAAAAUAAGGGAAAUGGCAAUCAAUAGUUGGAGGACUCUAUCUGAAAAUGACCGAAAGCCUUAUAUCGAGGCAAGUAACAAGGACAGGGAAAGAUAUUACAGAGAAAUGGCUGCUUAUAAACAGCAUACAAAGAAAGGAACUGUAAAGGAUCAAAACUCUUACAGCAGUUCAGCCCUUAGUUAUAUUAACUUUGGUGCACCACCAGAAACUGAUAACGCGUACUAUGUGACUUUGCAAGCUGAUGCUGGAAGCGACAUUGUCCCAGAUGAAUCCUUGAUUGAGUCCACGGUACAAAUGUUGGAGAACGCUAACCCAAGUGACCCCAUAUCUCAGAUAGAUAAUUGGGGCUGUUUUACGUAGUUGAGGCGAACCAUAUGUGCUAUGGAGUCUUUUGCUAGCAGCUUUUGAUAAGGGCGUGUUAUUGCUUAGUGGUUUUUGGAAGGUAUGUAUAUCUUUGUAUAUGAGGAUGUAUAGCUCAGAACCUUAGCAUGGUGUUUUGAGGAUGUAUAUCUUUUUGUCUUUGGAAAUUAGCAUGUCAAGAAGCAGUGUUUCUAGUUCUAGAGAAAUGCACUUGAAAUUGCAUGUUGGUGCCUGCAAAUUUUGUAAAAGGGUCCGUGUGCUCUUCUAGUUAAGGGAAGUUUCCACAGAUUUUGUAUAAAGCAAUACCUACUUUUGCAUCUACAAGC